AUAUAAGAUAUAUAAACGUCUGCUGACUGAUUUUUAAAUCAUUUAAAUGUAAACGAAUGCACUGUGAACGUGUAAUAUAAAAAUGGCAGAUACAUUGGACGUUGGGACUUACGAUCAUUCAUUGCUCGACAAUGACCUACUGUUCAAAAUGUUGAUCAUCGGCGAUUCAGGGGUGGGAAAAUCCUGUCUACUACUGAGAUACGCUGAUGACGAAUUCAGCGACUGCUACAUAAGUACCAUUGGUGUGGAUUUUAAAAUCCGGACAAUUGAAAUGGACGGCAAAGUCAUAAAACUGAACAUGUGGGACACCGCCGGACAGGACAGGUUUAAAACUAUUACGUCAACUUUCUACCGAGGAGCACAUGGAGUCAUACUGGUGUUCGACCUUACUGAUAUGGAGUCGUUCCAUCAUAUCAAGCAAUGGAUGGGCGAGAUAGACAAGUUCGGCGGAGGUCACGUUGCUAAGAUGUUGGUAGGAAACAAGUCUGACCUCAAAAACAAACGCGUGGUUUCCACGGAUAUGGCACAGGAAUUUGCGAUCAAACUGGGCAUACCAUACAUAGAAACAAGCGCUAAGAUGGCGACAAACGUCGAGCAAGCGUUCCUAACCAUGACGGCUGAGAUGAAAAAACUCUUUGAUACCGGCGUCUUAUCAAAACAGAAACACGUUGUAUUUCCAGGAGGCAUGCCCGUUAGGACCAGUGGAUGGAGUAUUUGUACGUGUUAAGAGCAGUUUAUCGGGUAUAUGUACGUGUAACGAGCAGUGAGUGGGGCACUUAUUCGUAUAAGGCACAGUUGCUUGUGUAUAUGUGCGUGUUUGGAGAAGCAAAAGCGCCAGUGUGUCAAACUCCGGUCGUUAAGCUUCAUACAUUGAACAUGCACGAUAAGACUACGUUCAUUGCGCCUGACUAACGUGUAAGGGAAUAUCAGGAAGUAUCAUUGUGAUACAGUACUGCUUGUGCCAAAUAUACCAUUGUUGGUUGAAUUACUUGUGUCCUGCAUGUAAUAUGAGUACUGGCUUAUGACAAUGUUGUGAUAUUUGCACGAUUUAAACCAAAGUGUAAAUUGUAUUGCCAUAACGGAACCUCAAAAUUACAUUUUCGGUUUUGUUACGUCUAAAUUAAAACUAUGUAUUAAAAUUAUCGUUUAAAAUUUAAGCUCAAAGGCAUUAAUGUGGCAGGCACUCAUCAACUCAUCAACCAUGAAUCAUGUUGACUUCUUGGAAAGCAUUUAGGUUUGUUACUGCUCGAGGGGCCGUCCAACAGAUAAAGCGUCGUAUUGACGUGAUUCGAUAUUUUGGGAAACUACAAGGAUUGCUUAUAUAGCUAAACAAUACAUCCGCUCUGAAUCUGAGUGUGGAUGGUCGAGUGGUCUAGGCGGGAGGCUUUUUACUCCAGGACUCCAGGAAUCCAGGGGUCAGUGGUUCGAGCCCUGUUGAGGGUUACUUUUUCCUUUUUUUAAAUUGUAUUCUUGUGUUUUUUUUACUGGAGAUUUAUAGUUCAAAUGUUUAAAUUUAUCAAUAUAAAGCAUUUAAAGCAUUUAAUGACAAGCUUCAAUACAUGCCAAAAUCUGUUGGACGGCCUCUUUAA